AUGGUGAAGCUCACUUUCAUCCUGCUCUUGGCACUGGUGUCGGCUGCCGCAGUUGAAGCCUUCAAGGGCGACGCGGUCAUGCUGCCGGAGGCCUUGAAAGAGAUCCGAUCGCGCUUCGAGGAGUCCCGUGGAGAGCGGGACCCAGAGACCCUGGCCAAGCUCCAGCACGACGCCAGCGAGGCUGCCGAGUUCAUCACAACCCACGUGGUGCAGGCCGCAACCAAUGAGCGUGGGAACCUGGAGAUGACGGUCCCCCCCAUCACACACGGGUCGGAGGCGGAGCCGGUGCUGCCCGGCAUGCGGUUACCCCGCGAGAAGAAGGGCAGGAAGGCGGCGGAUGCGAAUGACGGCCCCCGCGCCGAGUGA